UCCAGUCUUCUGCCUUACCAGUCUCGAUAGACAGCAGCCACCACUAACGAUAAGUAAAGAAAGGAAGGAAUGGGGUACCCCUCACUACACACAGCAGAUGUGAGCAUCGAGGGCACCGCUCCAAGCCAAGGCUGGACUUUGUCCCACCACUGCUGCACAGAUUGUAUGACAGUCGGGCCAGGCAAUUCAGGCUACAGCUGCGAGCAAGCUUUCACUUUUGCCUGAAAACAACAACCCAGGCACGGGACACAGAAAAGGAUCUGCAGAGGGGAACCAGGGACGCAGCAGUCAUAGCGAGACAGUCAAGACAUCCACCCACUCCGCAACUCCUGAGGACUGGUGAGUACUAAAAAGGCUUAAAUAUUUUAGAGGAGGGGUUGGGGCACUCUGUUUUUGCCUGCCCUGUGAACAAAUGUCCGUAUCCAACUCUAGUCCUACUCAGGGGAGAAAUUAAUGGAUGUGAUCAGUGCUUCUUCUUUUGAAGAAAAGGUGCCGGCAUUCACCAUGAAGUUGUGAUGUAAGUCCCACACUUUUAACAUUUGGUGGGAGGGAAAGUUGCCAGUACUGUGUACCCAGGAAAAAAAGCACUGGAACUUAGGGACAUUGAUUCUAAUGGGUUUACUCUGAGUAGAACUUUGGUAGAUACAAGCCAAAGUUUUGUGUGUGUGUGUGUGUGUGUGUGUGUGUGUGUGUGUGUGCUGACAACCAGCCCUCACUCUCAAAUUACAAAAAAAAUAAAAAUAAAAAUGCAGACAGCUGUUGGCACUGUGCAAUAUGCUAUUUUGGGGGUUUGCUCAGUGCCCAUCAGUGCUUCUGUUAUAGGGAAAGGGUCACAGCACAGGGGUAGGUAGGGAGCUUGCAGAAAGUCCCUAGAUGACCCCUGGAAAUGGAGGGAAUGGGGAGAGUCCUUCCCCACCCCAUUCUAGAUAACAAAUUUUUGAUCCUCCAGAGUGUCAUAAUUCUAAUGAACAUACUUUUCUUUGUCGGAAGAAAAAAUAUGCAUCCCCCCCACUGUUACAUAAGAAGGUCAAAGAGUAAGCUGCAUGAAUAAGCCUCUUCCAAGAAAUUCAGUGACUCACACACAAUAACACAUUUUACAUUCAAAAUGUGUGUCUCCCCCCUCCACCGCAUAGAAAACACACAAUACCAUAUUCACCUCCUAUAUCUUUGUUUAUUUUUUGUAAGAAAGGCAUGUAUGACUGGUCUCCAGGGAGAGGAAAGAAAUUCAGUUCUGUUCAAAUUGUAACGUGAAUCUACCACUUUCCAAAGCAAUAUGCAAACCAAAACACAAUUAUCCUUUAAAAUUCGCACUUCGUGUUUUUCGAUGCUGUUUUCCGAGCCAAGCAAUGUGCAUAGAAAUGCAUAUAUUCAUGAAAACAACGUAUUAAAAUGCAUUAUAUCAGUGGAAAUUACUUGCAUUUUUUUUUACUUCUGGAAAAACUGCAUUCAGAACUCUGUAUAUUAGGGAGGAAAUGUUCUGAAAUGCUAAUGGGAAUCCAUGAAGACUUAAAAUAAUAAUAAUCACAAACCUAGAAAUAUGGAGAACUGGAAAAAAGGGAAACAGAAAAAACCAAAAACAGAAUCGACAAGUUCACUUGCUGCCCCAAAGUCCCAUUUUCAAAACUUCAAACAGAAUUCUUCUGUAUAUACAGAAGAAUAAAUAUACAGAAUACAUAUACAUAUACAUAAUUCUUCUGUAUAUGUUUUAGCAAAACAUAUAUCCACAAAAUCGUUCUGCGCUAAUAAUGGAUGUUCAUUAUUUGCAUUGAUUUUUCAGUUUGCUAAAAAGUUAAUAAGUGACUACAACUAUUGCUAGAUCAAAGCCAAAAUCAACCUUGGCAUAUUUUUAUACCAGUGGACUAAACUGAAAAGUCAACAGCAGGAACACACCAUGAGCUGGUAUACAUUAUGCAGCGAGAAAAUAAGGGCACGGCGCCUUGACUUUCUUUCACAGCAUCUAGAUUCUCAUAUAAUAUGCUUCUUCUUUUCUUGAAGCAGAUCAUUGGCUUCAGUUUCUAUAUUAGUUAGGAGUGGGGGAGAUUUAGAAGUCCUAAAUUUGGCUUGGCAAGUGGGCUAGUUGGCCUUUAGAUACCCCAGCUCAAAGAGCACAUGGAAAGGGUGGAAUAAAUAAGAGUUGGGGAGACCUUUUCACCCCAAGGGAAGCAUUCCUUUCUGGACAACAUAGGAAGUAAUUCUUGCUGAUUCAAUUGGACUUAUUUUGCUUCUGAGCAGACAUUGUAAGGAUUGCACAGUUAGUUUAAGGUGCCACGAGGCAAAUACGUUGAUUUCUGUUUCCCUUGUUUUCUCAUUUUUCCAUUCUUAAGUUUGCUUCACAUUUCCACAUCGGUGUGUGUGUGAUAUUUAUGAAAAUUCACUAGCAUUUUAGUGCUAAUUUCUCCUUAUACACAAUUUUGCCUAAUAUCUACAUUUUUGUAGAGUGACUUCCCCUAAUAUCACACAUUUUUGCAUGUUGUUAGCAUGAAUGUAAGCAUCUUUAGGUACACUUUGCACUAAUAUAUGCUCUUGUAUAUAUGAGUUGCCUGACGAACUGUGCCACAAAAUUCAGAAAAGUGCAAAUUUCGCACGAUGGCUGUGUUUCGGUUCUUGUACUCCCCUCCCCCCGAAAGUACAAAUUAGGCAGAUUCACCUUUAAAUGAGAGCUGAAUAAAAUUUUCCCUACAUCCCCGGCACUGUUAGACGUUCAGGUUUAAAGUGCCCAUUUUGUGAAGAUUAGCUCAUCAGCCAGUGUGGCCUAGUGGUUAGACUGAGGUUCAAACCCCCGCUCAUCCAUGAAACUCACUGACUGACCUUGGGCCAGUCACAGUCUAUCAGCCUAACCUACCUCACAGGGGUGUUGUGAGGCCAAAAUGGAGAGGAACAGAACCACGUAUGGCACCUUGAGCUCCUUGGAGGAAAGAGGAAAUAGAAAUGUAGUGAUGAUAGAUAGAAGAUAGAUAGAUAGAUAGAUAGAUGAUAGAUAGAUAGAUAGAUAGAUAGAUAGAUAGAUAGAUGAUAGAUAGAUAGAUAGAUAGAUAGAUAGAUAGAUAGAUGAUAGAUAGAUAGAUAGAUAGAUAGAUAGAUAGAUAGAUGAUAGAGAUAGAUAGAUGAUAGAUAGAUGAUAGAUAGAUAGAUAGAUAGAUAGAUAGAUAGAUAGAUAGAUAGUAAUAUCUCUUUUGGAAGAAGAAGUACUUACAGAACUCCACCAGCAGGUACUGUGUUCCAUUCAGAGCCCUGUCAAAGUUGCUCUUUUUCAGGACCAGAACAUUGUCCUCCUCCUUGAUUUGGGACAGUUUGGCUUUCUUUGGUUUCUUCUCUGAUGGGCCAAUGCCACCUUCUGCAGUAGAAAGAGGAAGGCACGUUAAACCUGUCAGGACAAGCAGCCACAGAGCUCUCAUUCUGGCCUUCCAGGAUGUUGCAGACACCAUGGAAGAGGAGAAAGGGGACCUAGCCUGGGUCUGCUCUGGUUAAAAAUGUCCAUGGCCUUAUCAGCAGGCCACGUGGCUUAAUUCCCACACAAUUAGAGAUAGGGGACAGGGCUCGCUGCAAAGAGAAUAGAGUCUGCUCCCUCUUUGAAUUGUUAAAGCUGCUAACACUUUAGGAACCUAGGGUCAGGGGCGGAGGAAGGGGGUGUGGUGGGGGUGGUAUGCCCCGGGUGUCACCACUGAGGGGGGUGACAAAAUGCCUGGUGGCGCUCACCACGGGGCUUGCAGCACGCCCGAGCCACGCGUCUUUCCUGGGAGUGACAGGGUGGCUUGGGUGCCAGGCAGACUCCUCGCUGCCCCAAAUGGUCCACUAGCCGCCCCCCCCAGCUGUCAGGUAGAUGAGUGGGAGGAGGCAGGCAGACUCCUCAGGGGCCUCGCGGAGCUUCCUACCCCGGCUGGCCCCACCCCACUGGUGGCUGGCCCCGCCCCUGGGCGCAGGGCACGCACACUGCCACAGGCGCCUGAUUGGCUUGCUCCGCCACUGCCUGGGAUGCUCCGCUUAUACCAAGUCAUAGCACUGGUCCAUCUUACUUAUUAGCUCAACGAGUUUAAAGUCUGCUUCAGUAGCAUAAAACCAACCAUGUGGUGCACAGGUGAAAGAAAAAUACAGCGCAGAAACACUCUGAGAACAAUAGAUCAAAUUGACAAACUCUAAAACAACAAAACCACCCGAAACAGGUUUAAGCAUUUUGUCAAAUUGAAAACUGAUCUUCCAUAAAUGGCUGCCACACGUGAUUACAGAAAUCAGCAUGCUCACAGGUAAAAAUGAAAUCCUGGGUCCUAGAUGACAUAUUUUGCCUGUUUUUGACAAAGGUAAAGCAGAUCUUCUUCAUUUACCUUCUGGUAGCUGUUCAGUUAGUAUCCACUCAAGACUGGAGAGACUCUUCAUGCGAUGCGCUAGGCAGUGCUUUUUUUCCUUUAAAAAAUGUUUAGGGGUACUCUCAUUUUGACUCAAGAAAACCACCAUUUUAUAGUUCAAAUCAGGAAAAGUAAAGGGACAAAAGUACAAAAUUCACAAAAUGUUUAGGAGUAUGCGUACCCCUGCGUCCCCCCAGGGAAAAAAGCACUGGCCCUAGGUAACUGGUUCAAGGAAGUUAUGUUCAUUGCUGUGUCAAAGAAAUUGACACGUGAUGGUGAUCAUUCUGAUUUCACCUCUAUUCAGGGGUUAUUUAUUAAAUAUAGGACAUCACAAAUUUCAUUGCAGUCAUACCUCAUGUUACGUCCGCUUCGUGUUACGUUCUUUCAGGUUACGUCCCGUGGUGACCCAGAAGUACCGGAAAGGGUUACUUCCUGGUUUCGCCGUUCGCACAUGCACAAAAGCGCAAAAUGACGUCACGCACAUGCACAGAAGCAGUGAAUCGCAACCUGCGCAUGCGCAGACGUGCCACUGCGGGUUGCACUCUUUUCAUGUUGCGAAUGGGCCUCCGGAACGGAUCCCAUUUGCAACCAGAGGUACCACUGUACAAUAGUUAUCAUAGUUAACAUAUAGGUGGUACAUGACACCAGUCAAGCUUGCAAAAUUUUACCAUUUGCCCGACAAUAAAUGUUGGAAAUGUAAUGAGACUGAAGGUACAUUCUUUCACCUUUGGUGGACAUGCCCAAGGAUUAAGACAUUCUGGGAGAUGAUUUAUAACGAAAUGAAAAAGGUAUUUAAAUAUACCUUCCUGAAGAAACCAGAGGCCUUUCUCCUGGGCAUGGUCAGCCAAUUGGUGCCAAAGAAGGAUAGAACUUUUUUAUGUAUGCAACAACAGCAGCAAGAAUACUUAUCGCAAAGUAUUGGAAGACACAAGAUAUACCCAGACAGGUAGCAGCUUUCCAGGGUUUUAGGCAGGGGGCAUUCCCAGCCCUACCUGGGCUUUGAAGUUGUCACCUGACACAGUAAUGACAUCAGAUGAUUUACAGGUGGGUGGUCCCAUCCAUUUGUCAAAAAUGGUCUGUGACCCGGUUCUUGAUCCACCCUGCAAACUGGAAAACAUUCCCUACCUAAAGUGCCGUUUUUGUGCUCUCAAUGACAAGCAGUCUUUGAAAAUGACCCACAAUGCACCUUUCCCCCCUGUUAUCAUUAAGCACACAGAAUACUUAAUAUAAUGAGCCUGUGUGCAGCGGCUUCAGGGAAAGAUAGGUUCAUGCACAAACAGCCUUGCAGAACAAAAACCGGGAGCUUAAUGAGAACGGCAAUACCCCACUACCAAAAGGGGGGGGGAGAGAAAUAAGCUGGUGUGACAAGCCCUGCCCCCAAUUCUAUUUAAAAAGAUUGUUAUAGGCCUAGAAGAAGCUUUUGCAAAAAAACCCCAAAAACCUUGUACUCAUCACAAGUGAGCAUAUUCCUUUAGUAUUUCUUUAUUGGAUUCAUGUCCCACGUUUGUCUCCAAGGAACUCAAGGUAGCAAACAAGAGUCCCCCCCUUAUUUAAUCCCACAACGACCCUGUGAGGUAGGCUAGGCCAAGAGGCAGUGAGUGACCCAAAGUCACCCAGUGAAUUUCAUGGCCAAGUGGGGAUUUGAACUCUGGUCUCUCAGGUGGAGCUGACUUCUCUGCAGGGACAGUAGAAUGUAAGAAUAUCCCCAGUGUAGUAAGUAGAAUGAAAGAGAUACUGGAAGGGUGUGGUCUCUCUGACCUUCCAUAACCGACCACUUCAUUUUCCAACACUGUAUAGCUAAUAAUAAUAAUAAUAAUAAUAAUAAUAAUAAUAAUUUAUUAUUUAUACUCCACCCAUCUGGUUGAAUAUUAAAAACACGAUAAAACAUCAAACAUUAAAAACUUCCCUAAACAGGGUUGCCUUCAGAUGUCUUCUAUAAGUCAGAUAGUUGUUUAUCUCCUUGACAUCUGUUGGGAGGGCGGGCGCCACUACCGAGAAGGCCCUCAGCCUGGUUCCCUGUAACUUGACUUCUCGCAGUGAGGGAACUGCCAGAAGGCCCUCGGAGCUGGACCUCAGUAUCUGGGCUGAACGAUGGGGUGGAGAUGUUCCUUCAGGUAUACUGGGCCAAGGCUGUUUAGGGCUUUAAAGGUCAGCACCAACACUUUGAAUUGUGCUCGGAAAUGUACUGGGAGCCAAUGUAGGUUUUUCAGGACAUGUGUUAUAUGGUCUCGGUGGCCACUCCCAGUCACCAGUCUAGCUGCCACAUUCUGGAUUAAUUGUAGUUUCCGGGUCACCUUCAAAGUGCUCUCACCCAAGUUGCUCACAACCUCCCUGAUCUCCUGGAUUCAAGAUCUUUACCUCACCCAAGUUGCUCACAACCUCCCUGAUCUCCUGGAUUCAAGAUCUUUACCUCAAACAAGAAGAAACAAGCAAAAACUGGAGAAGCCAACAUCACACAUUUCCCCUGUAUGCUUUUGAGUGAUUCUGUGGAAACAGUCAACCUCUAGUGUGUAGUCAGAAAUAUUCUGCAAGUCAGUCUAUUGGCACAUCUAACAAAUAUUGUUAGAUUGGCACAUCUAACACAAUACUGACUUGGUAUAAUGUAUUUUACAAUGUUCCUAAUGUAUCAGAUGUUUCUGUUAACUGCAAAAGUUUUUUUUCAGAAAAACAUUUCUGCUUUUACAACACGUCAUUGCAGAAAAAUCCAACUAAGUUGUUGUUCUCAAGCUGCCUUUUGCUCUGGUGCCAUGAAGACCUUGUUUAAAUGCUUCUGGAAUCUGCGGCCACCUCACAAUUUGCUCCAUCAAGUCAAAAGACACCUUGCCUCUCCAAUCACCUCACACUAUGAAGCUAUAAACCGGUGUGAACAGGAAGUGCCCAAGUACUUCAAUUUUGCUAGUGAUGUUCUGGACAGGUGGACCCAAGUGGAAAAGGUAUGAAUCUGUCUGCUUUAGGAAGACAUUCAUGGCUGGCAGGAAAACAGGAUAUUGAUGCUACUAUAGGUAUGCUUUUAUGAUCUCCGUGGAGUACAGGGGACCUGUGGCUUUGUUCAGUUACGUGUUCCCCAAACUAAGAGACUGAAGGAAGUCUUGGAUUUGGUCACAAAGGUUAUCUAACUCUAGUCAUUGGUAGGUUUCUGAUCCAUGAUUUCUGUAAGCUCCCUUUAUUUGCCUUGAGUUACCUGGGCUGACUAUGGAGCUAAUUCAGUUGUAGACAGGUAUUGAUGAAUCAACCAGUUUUGAUGUCUCUGACUUCCUUAUUUUUCCAAUUUUAAAUUUCCACAUUCUUGCAACAAUUUGUGAUUGUUUUAAUCCGCACGAAAAUUCAUCAGCAUAAGCCUGCGAAUUUCUCCUAGCAGUGUUUUUUGUGGGGUGCAUACUGGAAAGCUCUUUUACCUAAUGUAAUGCAUGUUGGUAUGUUUAUGAACGAAUGCAUUCUUUGUGCAUAAUUUCCCUUAAUAUAUGUUUUUUUGUACCGUUUGGUUGGAGAACUGCAUCACAAACUUCGGAGAGAUGCAAAUUUCAAAGGAUAACCAUGUUUCAGUUCACAUUUUGGUUCAAAAAGUCCAAAUUAGGUAUUUUCUCAUUAUAAUGCAAACAGAAGUGAAUUCCCCCUCCCAUUCAUUGUGGCAGACCACAUGCUUUGCAUGCCUGAGGUCCCAGGUUGGGAAUGACCUCUGACCUAGGAAUGAUCGCUGUCUGAAACCCAGGAGAGCUGUUGCCAUUCAUUGCAGAGAUUUGUUUCAUAACUUCCCCCUCGACGUCAGGAAUAGUUUUAGCAACUCCUCGUAGCAACUUCACCGAUGAAAGGAAAGCUGCAGGCGGUAAAUGGGGGAGAACAAAGACAGGAACCUUUCCUCUCUUGUUGCAAACGCCGUCACUGGCAAGACCAGGCAUAGGCAAACUCCGGCCCUCCAGAUGUUUGGGACUACAAUUCCCGUCAUCCCUGACCACUGGUCCUGUUAGCUAGGGGUAAUGGGAGUUGUAGUCCCAAACAUCUGGAGGGCCGGCGUUUGCCUAUGCCUGGGCAAGACGUUACCUUUUCCUCUCAACCAGAAGAAGCAGAGACAGAAGCAGAAACUCUAGGCAGUUCAGCAACUAACUGGAGAGUAUCCCGUCCAGCAAUUAAAUCAAAAAGAUACAAACAAACAAAACGCCAAGUGAAGGGCGACUCCCAACACACAUGCAGGCUCACCGCAGCCAAAACAGAUGAUAAGAUUUAAAAAGUUAUUGAUAAAAAACAACAACGGUACACGGGUGGCGCUGUGGGUUAAACCACUGAGCCUAGGGCUUGCCGAUCAGAAGGUCGGCAGUUCGAAUCCCCGCGAUGGGGUGAGCUCCCGUUGCUCGGUCCCUGCUCCUGCCAACCUAGCAGUUCGAAAGCACGUCAAAGUGCAAGUAGAUAAAUAGGUACCACUCCAGCAGGAAGGUAAAUGGCGUUUCCAUGCGCUGCUCUGGUUCGCCAGAAGCAGCUUAGUCAUGCUGGCCACAUGACCCGGAAGCUGUAUGCCGGCUCCCUCGGCCAAUAAAGCAAGAUGAGCGCCGCAACCCCAGAGUCGGCCACGACUGGACCUAAUGGUCAGGGGUCCCUUUACCUUUACCUAAAAAACAACAACAUGCAGUUGCUUACAGUAAUACAACCAAAUAAAAGAAAGAAAUGGUUUUGGAACAAUUAGGACUUCAAAAGGUCUUUAAAACGAUAAAAACUUGAGCAAGCUGCGGAGCUAAAAACAAACGGUGCUCACCCGAAAGGACCCCUCAGGGAUGAGCCACACCAAUUCAUUGUAGACAAUACCAAGCUAGAUGGGCCCAUGAGUUGACUCAGUAUAAGACAGCUCCCUAUGAUGACUGCUUCCAAGGCAAGUCUAUUCCUAGAGUACUCCUGCCUGCUCUUUCAUUCCCUUACCUUUCCCUGUUGGUCAUAAAAUCCUAUCUGAUUGGUGCAUGUGCUUGGCCCUGUGGAUUAGGCAUCAUUUUUAGUUGUCUUUCAUCUUAUUAUAGCUUUUUGGGUUGUCUGUUAGGAGGGAAAGAGAUCUCCAUACCCAGCCUUCUGGUGGGUGGACGACCAGAGCAAAGAGGUGAAGUGGAGCUUUGAGGAACUGGGAGUCUUAUCCCGGAAAGCUGCCAACAUGCUCCUUGGUCCAUGCGGCUUGCAAAGAGGUGACCGGAUCAUGACAGUUCUACCCCGGAUUCCAGAAUGGUGGCUACUAAGCGUGGCUUGUAUGAGGACAGGUUAGUCAAUAUUAUGGGCAAGAAAAGAGUCAUUAGUGUUGGGUGGAUUUGGAGGGCAGGAUAGGAUAUUGUUUUAUUAUUUAUCCUUCCUCUUAUUUGUGUGAGUCCAAUGUUUAGUUAGGGACGCGGGUGGCGCUGUGGGUAAAACCUCAGCGCCUAGGACUUGCCGAUCGCAUGGUCGGCGGUUUGAAUCCCCGCGGCGGGGUGAGCUCCCGCCGUUCGGCCCCAGCUCCUGCCCACCUAGCAGUUCGAAAGCACCCCUAAGUGCAAGUAGAUAAAUAGGUACCGCUUUAUAGCGGGAAGGUAAACGGCGUUUCCGUGUGCUGCUCUGCUGCCGGCUCGCCAGGGCAACUUCGUCACACUGGCCACGUGACCCGGAAGUGUCUGCGGACAGCGCUGGCUCCCGGCCUCUAGAGUGAGAUGAGCGCACAACCCUAGAGUCUGUCAAGACUGGCCCGUACGGGCAGGGGUACCUUUACCUUUACCUUUAAUGUUUAGUUAGCAGAGCUUAAAAUUUAGCAUCCCUUUGCAGCAUCAAAUGUAGAAAUUUCUGGGACAAAGGUUGCUUAACCUUAUUAGUAAUUAUCCAGGAUGCUUUAGCAGACUAGAUCUUCCCAUUUUAUCCCUUUCAUUUGGUUUAAAUGUAAUGUAAUGUAAGAAUAAAAUUACUGUUCACUUACAUAAAGCUUCAGACUUGAUUCAGCGGUAAGCAGCAGUGAAAAACAAACAAGGCAGAAUAUACAGUGGUACCUCAGGUUAAGUACUUAAUUUGUUCUGGAAGUCCGUUCUUAACCUGAAACUGUUCUUAACCUGAAGCACCACUUUAGCUAAUGGGGCCUCCUGCUGCUGCCGUGCUGCUGGAGCACGAUUUCUGUUCUCAUCCUGAAGCAAAGUUCUUAACCUGAAGCACUAUUUCUGGGUUAGCGGAGUCUGUAAGCUGAAGCGUAUGUAACCUGCGGUACCACUGUACUUCUAAUUUACAAAAUACAUGGUUGAAAUAAAAAAUGGGGUCUAGUAACAUCCUUUCUCUGUUGGCUACAUGGUGAAGAAAGAAAACUGAGCUCUGAGCAGGAAGGAAUAAUAAUAAUAAUUUAUUAUUUCUACCCCGCCCAUCUGGCUGGGUUUCCCCAGCCACUCGGGGCGGCUUCCAACAGAAGGUUAAAAAUACAUUUAAGGAAGUAGUAACGAUUAUUUUCCUAUGUUUACUUUUCCUGCCAGGGCAAGCAAAGGAUGUGACCUCACAGAGCCCCAUCUCUAGGAAUUUACAGGAGAAACUCCAUGUGUCUUAACCCUUUGCUUAUCUAGCAACAUAUGAAAUUUUAUUUCGGCUGCGACAUUAUUUCCCAGAAUAAGAACAUAAGAUGAGUCUGCUAGAUCAGGCCAAUGGCUCAUCCAGAUCAGUGUUCUGUUCUCACAGAGGCCACCCAGAUCCUUGUGGGAAAUCCUUAAGCAAGACCUGAGCACAAGAGCACUCUUCCCUCCUGCUGUUUCCAGCAAGUGGUAUUCAGAAGAAUUCCUGUCUUUGACUGCAGAGGCAGAGCAGAAGCAGCUCUAGAUAAACCUUUUAGAAGAAGGCUUGGAAGGCUUUAAAAGGGACUUAGUCAAACACAUGGAGGAUAAGGCUAUCAAUGGCUAUUAGCCCUGACGGUUUUGUACUACCUUCAGGUAUCAGAGGCAGUAUGCCUCUGAAUAACUGUGGCUAGGGAUCAUGUGUGGAAGAGAAUUAUUACACUCUGUUUAUGGGUGUGCUGGGCCCAGGGGUAACCCAAGUAACGCGGUCCAGGUCCAGUCCUGAAUCCAAGGAUUCCGCGAGGAGUCAGUCCGACAGGACCAAGGCAGGACACGAGGCAGGAAACCAGGCAAGGUCAGGCACAGGAUCACAGGCAGGUUCUGGCAAACAGCAAUGUUGUUCCCGCAACCCAGGGCGCGGUCCAACAGCCUUUUAUCUCUGUCGGGGUAACGGCCGGUCCUGAUCUCCCAGUGACUCACCUCCCUGUCUCGCCCGAAGGCGAGCACUCCUCCUGCGAGUACUCAGGUCUCUCCUUCUCUCAGACCUGAGUCUCUGCAGCUCGGGAGAUGUCGGUGGGUUACUAGACCCAGAGGCCACCUCAGCCUCUCCUGACCCAACUGGUAGUAGAGCAGCUGCACGUGAUUGCCCAGCAGAGGGCAACGAGGUAAUCCCCGCAUCUGGAGCCAGGGCAGGAUCAGGCCCCUGACUCGGCCCAGCUGGUGCUUGUUGCAGGGGAACUUGUGCAGACUGGGGCUCUUCAGAAUCAGGCCCCAGACUAGGUUCAGAUGCCACCUGAGGCAAAGGAUCCGGUGCGGACUGAGACUCCUCUGGCUCCGAGUCCGAGUCUGAGUCCCAGGCCAUCACAAUGGGCAUCCUAGAGACAUCUGGUCAGCCACUGUGAAAACAGUAUGCUGAUCUAGAUGGACCUUUGUUCUGACCCAGUAGAGCUCUUCUUUAUGUUCUUAUGCUACUGAUUCAUUUAUCUGAGGUUCAGCACACCUGCUUUAACCACCGCAUUAUCCUCGAAUGAGAUACCACUGUGCGUGCAGUUUUUCCAAGCAAGGAGACUUUCUGAGUUCUCUGCUCACUUCAUUGCCUGGUUCCUUUCUAGGCAUUGUUUUCAUCCCAGGGACACCCCAGUUAACAGCCAAAGACAUUUCCUACAGGCUGCAGGCUUCCAAAGCCAAAUGCAUCGUGGUCAGCGACACGCUGGCCCCCGCAGUGGACUCAGUCCUGUCCGAAUGCAAUUUUCUGAAAACCAAGCUUCUUGUGUCUGACAGCAGCAGAGAUGGCUGGAUGAACUUCAAGGAUCUCUUCCAGUAAGUACUGCAAUGGACAGAGCAUGAAACGAGAGCAACCAAUCGCUAUGCUCACUCUGCUAAGAUAUUCCAGGUAUACAACACUUACUCAGUUAUAGUUUCCUUUGGAAGAAAGUCACUGAGGACUCAGUGAUGUUUUGUAACACUGGUAUUUAUUUACCAGCUGGGUGUAGGUGGAAGCAUAGAUAGAACCAAGGGUGGAUAACUAUCUUCAGGCCUAGGGCCAGAUUGACCCACAACAAACCCUUCAGGGGUCAUGUGUUAAGGGGGCUGGAGCUGAAGUGAAAAAGUGGGGAUAGCCAAUUUUAUUUCUUUUUUUUAAAAAAGAACUCAUUUGGGGGAUCAGUAAGAUCACAAAAAUCUUUUGACACCACAGCAAGGACUCUUCAGGAGUGGUUAGUUAAAACAUUUUUUAAAGAUUUUUUUUUUAAUAGACAAAUUUGGAAGAGCUUGACAGGCACAGAAAUCCUUUUGGCACCACAGUGGGAUACCUACGAGAGCACACACUAAAAAUAUAUAAUCCAUUUUAAAUUUAUUUAAAUGGACAAAUUUGGGGGGUCUUUGGAGCAUGCCCAGAAAACUUCUUGGUGGCCGAGAAACUUGGAUGCUGUACAGCAAUCCAUUGGAUUUGUGCCAAGCUGGUAUAGUUUGGGAAGCUUGCCAGGGGGUUUUAUUCAUGAAAUGCAUGUUUCACAUUGAUCCCGUACAAUGUCACUGUUUUUAAGAGCAGCACCUGCCAGCCAUGACUGUGUUAAGACAACAAGCGACGAGCCCAUGAUCAUCUACUUUACAAGUGGGAGCACAGGGUCUCCCAAAAUGGUGGAACAUUCCCACUGCAGUUACGGGAUUGGAUUUACAUCAAGCGGCAGGUAACGCCCAUUGACUUCUUUCAAACUCUUGCGGUGGCAAAACAGUGCAACGCCAUUUUAGAUUAGGGUGCAAAGGGCCCUGACAGGAUUGGAAAGCUUCAGGUUAAGAGGAAGGCAGGUGGAUCAGAAGGAUGGGAGGCUCAAGCGGGGGCACAGGUGCUGGGUUCUGUCCAACUUUUGGGGGGCAGCAGAAGUAUGAUGUCAUGUGACAGAAGGAGGCCUGAUGGGGACUGUCACAUCCACGGGAAGGCUUGAUGAGGCCCAACGUGGCUCUGGCUAGGCCUGACGGGGCAUGGGAUAUUGACAGGGCCCAGUCCCCUGGUUGAAAAUGGGGUGUGUGACUUGGCACCCCCCAGCUCCCCCCUAGAUGGCACCCCUGGGCCAGGUAAAGCAGCAUUGCCCAUUACUAAGGUUGUAAGAUUUCUGUUCUGGACUGUAUUCAGCACUGUCAGCACUGUUUCUCUUGCACUGCAGUUUGGUUUCCCUCCAAUACUGUGUUAUUUGUCUCACUGUCUGGUACUUAAUGCAAGUUAUGUAACUUACAUAAUGUAUGUAACUUUGGCUUAACUUGCAAGGUGCUGGUGGGGGAGAACAGAGGAGCAGGCUCAACCAAUGGUGCAAUUAGAGAGUUUUAGACUUGACUUAGAUUAUGAUGUGUUCCCUGUGGGUCUUCUAUUCUGCUAAGUGGGGCCCUAGACUUCCUCCCCAAAGUCUUACCUGUCAGCAGAGACAAAAGCAUUGCUGGAGGUGAGGAGUUUUCUCUCUUUUAUCCACUCCACUGCCCAUAUGGACUUUACACUUCUCCACCAGCUCUCCCUGUACCCUCUAAAUCAGAUGUGCAACAUCUCUGCCGAGACAUCCUGUAAACUGCUUCCUAGGAUCCUGACUAUCAACAGCCAAUACAAAUGUGUUCUUUCUCACUGAACAGGCACUGGAUGAAUCUGACUCCUUCAGAUAUAUUCUGGAAUACAUCUGACACAGGAUGGGUGAAGUCAGCUUGGAGCAGCGUGUUUGCUCCGUGGAUCAAUGGCUCGUGUGUCUUUGUACAUCACCUGUUGAAAUUCGAACCCACGGUCAUAAUAAAUGUAAGAAUAAAGGCCUGUGGAGUGUAGGUGGGUUGGGGCAUGACCAAAGACUGAAAUUCAGCUCAAAAAGGAUUUAUUGGAUCAUCAGGAACAAGAAGAACAAGAAUGACAAACAGGGACACUUGACCUAGUAUAUAUACCUUAAGCUGGCCCAGGCAAAACACACCCACCACCUGUGAUAGGCUGCCUUAAUGCUGCAAUUAGCGAAUCACAACACUGGCCCUAUCUCAGCAGCGAUUGGCAGCCUGCCAGCUAUUAAGAAUGUCAUUGGAGGGUUUUAGAUGUCUUUUGUUAUGCAGAUGAAGCUCCUGAGCUCCAGGAGGCUUGAAGGCCUAGGCCUGCAUUGCAUUCAUGCAGCCUGGCUUCAGUCUACAAUGCCUGCAUACAUAACAUCCUGCAUGCAGGUCAUAGGUUCACUUUUAAGGAAAGGGUUCAGUUGUAAGGGAUGAGCAUUUCAUGCAAAAAGUUUCAGAUUCAAGCUUUGGCAAAUAUGGAAAAGAUUUCAGUCUGAGGCUCUCAAGAGCCUCUGCCAGGCUAUGUAGGGUCUGUGGACCAGAAAUGAGGAACCUCAAGGUCUGGACCCAAAUAAAGCCCUCUAUGCUUCUAAAGAAGGCCUACCGGACUCCCCCUAGGUCACACCCCUUUCCAAGCCACAACCCUCACUGGUCCGGCUUUGCAGCCUCCUUGACCACUUUUGCCCAGCUAGAAUGUGUCCUUCAACUCUGAUAAUGCCUCUUGAUUCCCUGGACGGAAGAUAGAGAGGGAUAGGUGAGUGUGUAGUAUCUAGAGCUGUGCACUGGGUCCCAAACUGGAUCUUUCUGAUUCUGGUAGACCUCUUUCAGCUGGAUCAGGUUGAGGCAGCAUGGGAUCACCCCAGAUCAGCUCAAGUCCACCCAGAGUGAUCUGGGGCUGUCAAAAGAGAGGUCCACCUGGCAGCAAGGAGAAGGUAAGGAGAUGGGCAAUCAGUCUGUGUACAUUGUUACACUGCAUACCCAUUUUUCUGAUGUUUCUAAAGAGAGCUUCUUUUGAAAGUUCCUUCUGACGUCCCACCGAAAGCUACCCUCCUAACGUUGGAUCUCACCCUAUGCUCCAAAACCAGAAUUUGAGGUUGCAAUAAUGGUUGUGCUUCCAUUGCCUCCGUUCAGACUCUCAACCGAUACCCAAUCACGACUUUCUGCACAGCUCCUACUGCAUACCGGAUGUUGGUUCAGCACGAUCUCACCAGGUACUUUCUAAUGCGUAACUGGAAAUAUGAACACAAGAGAAGAACUGUGAUGAGAAUUGGACGGGUGUCAAACGGUUCUUGUCGUUUGCUCCAGUUGCUCAUCUUUACCACGGAUGGCUGUAGUUCCUAGUAGAUCACUGUCCUUGUUUUAUGGAGGUGGGUUGUUAAAAUUUUGUUAGCCCAUGAGCAUAUUUUGGUGCCGUGCUCUUGCAAGAGCCAAAUGACUCGUGCGAGAGCACAGCACCACUGCCGAGCUCAGCAGCGGCUGUGCUGAAGGGAGGGGCCAUUCUGGGAUCUAAUCGGAAGCCGGGAUGGCUUCUGUAAUUCCACGAUGUCCCAGGAAAACACUUGAAGGGUAUGUGUUUUUACCUUAUUCACACUGUAGAAUACCUGUGUGGGCAGGUAAGGAAAGAUUGUAAUUCAUUUCUACAUUAUUGCAUUAUGGGAGAAAGAGACACUCUUGAGUCAUUGCCUGUAGUUUGAGGCUUGGGGUGUUCUUAGGAAUGGAGCCUGGCCCAUACACCAUGGCAAAUGUUACGAAAACAGAUGCUUAACCUAGUCUAUCAUUUGAAUAAUUGCAUGACUAGAGAAAUUGCAUACUGUUCCCUGCAUAAUCCAUUUGCUUAAUCAAGUUAAGCAUAAUACCACUGCAAAGUGGUUUAUGAAACACAGUCUAAUCGAAUUCAAGGGAUUAGGUGAAAACACCAGCACAAAUCCAGCUGGCUAUAGCUGGUGCUUCUGUAGCAGGUGUGGGGAACCGACAGCCCUCUAGAUGUUUCGGGAACACAACUGGCAUCAGCCCCAGUGUCCUGCUCUAGGUGAGUCCCAGGUUGCAGGAAACUUUCCAGAUAACCAAGACUGUUGUGGGUAUGGGCAGCAGGAACAUCCAAGGGCCGCCCAAGGUCCAAUUCCAGACAAGCAGUGGUUCCUAGAGGGGCUCAGGCAAGGGUCCAUCUGAGCUCCAGUCUAGGGCAGCAGAGAUUCAAACAAAAACUCAGAUAAGAGGGUAGCCCAAGGUCCAGCUCACCAGCAGCUCAGAUAAAGAACAGGUCAAAGGGUGGGUCAAAUUCCAGGUAAGAAAACAGCUAGCUGUAAAAACAUUGGCAGGACUAUUGUAAUAACCUGCAGUUUUUAAAAUAUAGAUAUAUGAAAAUUGGUGAAUAAAAGAAUGAUUUGAUAUAAUUUAGAAUAUGCAGGUAAUGAUGAUAAAAAAAUUAAUGAACCGCAGAAAGAGGAGGAAGUCGAGUUUUGAAAUGUUUGAUUUACUGUUAAACUACUAUUGAAAUGUAUAUAAAUGAAAACCAUAAAUAUAUGAAGAAAACAGCUAGCUCUGUGUACAACACAACGUGGUGGUAGCAAGACAUUGAGGCGUUAAGUCAGAGAUGCCAUAACCCCAGCCUGGGUCCUGCUGCAGCCUCUUCGAGAUUCUGCAGAGAGACCUACUCAGGAGGAGGGUCCAUGAAUCAAUAGCCCUUUACUCACGAGGAGUCUCCUGCAACCGAGCAUUUCUCAUGGCUGUGGGGGUCUCGGCCUGCCUCUUGAGGUACCAUCACCCCUAGGUCUUGUUCUGCCUCUGGAUCCCAGACUGAGCUCCCUUUCUGCAGGGAGGGGGCCCUGCCAGCCUCCCCCAAGGGUCCCAACUCUUCUGUGGAUAUUGUUCUGGGCUAUUCCUGAGUUUCUGGGGCUCCGGAUCCUCCUUGGUAGAGGAGUCAUCUGGUGAGGGCAUGGGACCCAGCAAGCAGAGCCGAUGAUCAGGGGUGAUGGGAGUUGUAGCAACAUCUGGCGGGCCAAAGCUCCCUCACCCCUGAUCUAUAGGAUUGCUACUGAUGGUUGCCAUUUCUUCUCAAGCUGCAAAUUCAUGAGCCUGAAGCACUGUGUGACAGGAGGGGAACCACUCAUCCCAGAAGUGAUGGAGCGGUGGAAGGCUCAUACAGGGCUGGAUAUCUAUGAAGGCUAUGGACAAACAGAAACAGUAUGUCUGUCUUUGUUAGUGUGUGGUGGUGGGUCUUUCGACAGCAUUCCAUUCUGUCCAAUCUUCUGGGGGGUAAAUUCUAGUGGUGGGCGUGGCUAGGGACAAAAGUGGGCGGAGCAAGGAAUGUAAAUCUUUCUUUUUUCCUGGGCACUAGUUUCUACAUGCACCUCUCGAUCCCCUUUGCUCCUAGACCAAACCUUGCUUGUCUUAGAUUGGUAUGCUGUCUUCUCAUGCCACAGUGAAAACAAUCUCCUCCCUCUCCAAAAUCACCCCAAAUUUCAUUUAGUUGUAUUGUGCUCUCUCGAUCUCUCUUUCUCUCCUGCUUACAGGUAACAAUAUGUUCCAAUAUAAAGGGAAUGAAAAUCAAACCGGGCUCACUAGGAAUGGCUUCUCCACCAUAUGAUGUCCAGGUACAAACUUAAAUUUACCAGAAUGGUGUCCAUCGAAAGGCUUGAAGAAAACAGAGAAUAAAUAUUCUUUAUCCUUGUACUUUAAUUCCCUAUAAUUUAUCUGUCGCCAAGUAAAUCCCCAUUAUUAUGAAUUGCGGGGAAGUCCUGUGUGUGCAAGUAAUUUGCUCUUUUCUCAGCUGUGUCCCAGCUGAGCAGUCCAUUUCCCUUGUUCCAAAGAAUUGAAUGGGAAUCAAUGAAAACUGAUUAGCCCCCUCUUUAUCUAAAGAUUCUCAAAUGUUUUCCAUUUCUCAAUAGAAUAUCAUGUACUAGAACUCUGUGAACACACACACACACAAUAUGAAUGCAUUAUAUAUAUAUAUAUAUAUAUAUAUAUAUAUAUAUAUAUAUAUACACACACACACACACACCGUAGAACUUAAUGGGGGCCAUUGAUUACUAAGUCAAUCCUCACUUGCAUAGUUCAGUUUUCCAUCUACAUGUUCCUACUAUUUCCCAUUUCUUGGAGUGUAACAGAACCCUGAGAACAAGCUUUAUCUAUUUUUAUUUAUUCCAUAGAACCUAAUGGGUGCCACAGAGAACCAAGGAUAUGCAUAUAAAUUUUAAAUCAAGGCCUGUCAAUUGAAAUGAUAUGUGCAUUUUGGGAAGCUUCCUUCUGUUGUUUGUUUGUUUGUUUGUUUGUUUCUACAGACUGUAGAUGAUGAAGGCAAUGUUCAACCUCCAGGACAAGAAGGGUACAUUGCGAUCAGGAUCAAACCCAAGCGACCAUUUUGUCUUUUCUCAGGGUACUUAGUAAGUAUUAUCUGAGGUGACGAAGUGGGCAAACUAAGGAAGGAGAAGAAAAUCAACACAUAAGACUCUUGCUACACUUUUCUGUGUAACUUUUUAAGCCAGGGGGAGGCAAAGCUGUACCCUCCAGAUAUUGUAGGUCUUCGACACCCAUCAGCCUCAGCCAGCCUGGCCAGAUGUGAGCUAUAACUCAGCAACAUCUAAAAGGUAUCAAGUUGCCUGCCCCUGCUCUAAUGAAUGAGUUGUACUUCCCUGUUCUUGUGGGAGGAAUGUAUUUUGGGUUUUUAUGUUCAUUUUUGUGUAGUGUUUUCUAAUAAAUAAUAAUAAUAACUCGAUUUGGUGUUCCUCAGCAGGUCUGGUGAAAAUGUUCACCAACAGCUUCACUUGAUCUGGGUUUGCAUUUGUAACAGGGUUUGGUUGUGGUAAGGGAUGGGGGAACGGAUUGGAUCCCAUUCACAUGUAAAGAUGAACCUUCUUCAUUUGCACUUCCCAAAACAAUACCCAAACUGAAACACAGCCAUCCUUUGGAACUUGCACUUUUCUGAAUUUUGCAAUGUCGUGGUAUGUGUACCCCAAAAAAGGGCAUAUACCAGGGUAAAGUGCAUACGUUGGUGGAAAUAACUUACCUAGCUCUGCUAUAUUAAGGGAAAUGGCUUUGCAGGACCUUGGUGCAACAGCCCUUUCCCCAUUUGUGAAUCCCAACAACUGGUAUUCACAGUCCGAUGGUAUUCACUCCUCUGAUGGUGGAGAUGGAAAAUAGCCAUCAUGGCUAAAAUCCGUUCAUAACUUCAUCAUCCAUCAAUUUGUCUAAUCCUCUUUUCAAAUCAUCCACUCUCCCUUUGCAUGGUGGUUUGGUUUAGGGUCUGGUGGAGAGUAUGAGAAAAUAGAGGCAACAGAGAGGCGGAGAUAGGACACACUCAGAUAGGGCAGAGGAGGUGACAGCAUCUGGUCCAAGGACCCUCCAAGAUCUGGAGCUGACACUGUAAUCAACCCAAGAGCCAGUCGCCUUGCUAUUUUAUCUUGAGGCACCAUUACCAAAAGGGACAGAUCAGCAGUCAUUGGUUGAAAUGUUGUCUGGUUGUUGUUGCCAGGAUAACCCUGAGAAAACAGCAGCUAGUGAACGUGGCGAUUUCUAUAUCACUGGAGACAGAGCAAUUAAAGAUGAAGAAGGUUAUUUCUUUUUUGUCGGAAGAUCAGACGAUUUGAUAAAUUCGGCUGGGUAGGUUUGGUUCAGUUGGCUUUUUCAUUUGCUCUGCCACAAAAGGCACGGGACUGACCUCCUUCUGUCUCUUAGGUAUCGUAUUGGCCCGUUUGAAGUGGAGAGUGCCUUGAUAGAGCACCCAGCUGUGGUGGAAUCAGCUGUGGUCAGCAGCCCAGAUCCCGUGAGAGGAGAGGUAACAGAGAUUCAGGCAGCCAACACACUCUGCAACGCACCAUACUCAGGGGGCAAAAGCCACAUGCAGUUUGCUUGCUUGGGGAAAGCGUAAUAAAUCUUGAAACAUGACAGCAGCACUGGCAGUACUGCAUUUCAGGGAUGCUUCUGAGUAGAGGAACUAUGAAAAUUUUCUCAGUGAGCAAACUCACCUUAGCUCAGCUGGGUACAAAUGAAAAGUCGGGGGGGCAGCCCAAUGCAUGAUCUUACCAGGACCACAAUGGGGCCUAAAUAUCUUCCUUUCCCUAGAGAUGCUGCCAACCUCCAUGAAUCCCUAAAUCCUGGUCUUCCCUUCCCUCCAAACAGUUAUAUUUGCUAUGCUCUGGCUAUGGCCAACACAAAAUUAAUCUAUCUUGGCCUGUAGUUCUCCAAGUGAGAAUCCUUCUGUAGAUAAAAUGGCGCAAUCCAUGCUCAAGAGUUGGGGCAGCAGCAGGCUCAGGGGAACCCCCCAAAUUUGCAAUAUUUAGAGGGGAAUUUCCUAAGUGGGGUGAAACUACAUGAGAAUAGAGCGUGCUUAGUGGAUGUGAAAUGCUGGCUGACUGCAGGGGGACGAGGGGAAGGCGGAUUAGAAUGGAGUGUCUUUUGCUACACCAAGCACUUAAUCACACUGAAACCUACUUUUUCUCUCUGAGUCAUUAAAGCACAUACAAUUGGCAUCCUAUAGGUGGUGAAAGCCUUUGUCGUCUUGUCACCUGCCUUUUUAUCACAUGACCCAGAAGAAUUAAUCAAGGAGCUCCAGGAUCAUGUGAAAAAGGUGACUGCUCCUUACAAGUAUCCUAGAAAGGCAAGUAUCUUCCCAGGACCUAACCAGGAAAUGACAGUGUGUGUUGAGAAGUCAAACUUUGGGAAAUCAAGAAGUUGUGUCUCACUUUCCUCUUGGACUGAUGUGAUAUGUGCCCUAGUGGCUUGGUGCUGACUUGGGGGACUUUUCCCUGCUCGUGACUCUAGGUACAGGAAGACAGCAAUGAUUUCACUGGUUCUCUGUAAGUGAUAUUGUGAUAUUGUGAAGCUGCCUUAUCCCAAGUCAGACCAACAGUCUAUCUAUCUUCUCCCGAUUCCUGCAGCCUCUGUUAACUCUGCUUGCUCAGGUCUCCCCUGCCUCCUGCAAACCACAAGAGCAGGCUCCGGCAAAAAUCACAAUGCAGGGAAAACCGGGAAACCAGCCAAUGCCUCUACGUAGCACCCUCCUUAUUUCAGACAUCGUGAGAUAUCAGCAUAUCACGAUGUUUAGCUGAUGAUAUAUCGUGAUGUUGAAAACCAGAUAUUGCCCAGCCCUGUCCAUGGGUACUAGUCAUGGUGGAAGGAUCCUCCUUCCUUGUACUUCAGUAGCAGCAAGCAUCUGAAUUACUAGCUGCAAGGGAACAGAGUGAUUACGCUCCUGUUCUGCUUGUAGGCUUUCCAGAAGCAUCUGGCUGCCACCAUGAGAAAGAAGAGUCUGGACUGCAUUGGCUUUCAGUCUGAUCCACUAGGGCCCUUAGAUCUUCAGAGGCCCUUCUCCAGGUCCCUCAUCUGAGGAAGGCUUGGAGGGUAGUGACAAGCGAAAGGGCCUUGUCAGUUGUGGCUAUUCAACUGGCUAUUCAACAAAGGAGCCAGUGUGGUGUAGUGGUUAAGAGCGGCAGACUCGUAAUCUGGAGAACCGGGUUCGCGUCUCCGCUCCUCCACAUGCAGCUGCUGGGUGACCUUGGGCUAGUCACACUUCUCUGAAGUCUCUCAGCCUCACUCAGCUCACAGAGUGUUUGUUGUGUGGGAGGAAGGGAAAGGAGAAGGUUAGCUGCUUUGAGACUCCUUCGGGUAGUGAUAAAGCGGGAUAUCAAAUCCAAACUCUUCUUCUUCAUCAUCAUCUGUGGAAUGCUGUCUCCAGCAAUGUCCAUCUGGUGCCUUCACUGACAUAUUUUCAGGGCCAGGUCAAGCCUUUCCUUUUUCCAGCCAGGCCUUGGGAUAGACUGUGAUGCUGUCCUUUUCUUCCCAGUGUGCUACCAAAGCUUCCUCCAGCUGUUACAAGAGUUGUUUUGCUAGCUUUGUAAGGUACCAUAUAUUUAUAUUAAUUUUUGUAUGCCUGUUAAUUUGCUUGGAGGCCUUCAAGUAAUGAACAAGUCUAAUGAAUAAUAACAAUGAUCGUAGACUGGAGAUGUUUUCGGGGUGUUGUUGUUUUUGGCUGGAAGAAGCCAUUAACUUGACACUUCCACUCACAUGAAAAACACUAAACUCUUGUGAGCCAUGGUAACGUGACUGCAAUAAAUGACGCCAAUGUCUUUUACUUUGCUAGGUCGAGUUUGUCCAAGAACUGCCAAAGACAGCUGCAGGGAAAAUGCGAAGGAACGUUUUGCGGAAAAGAGAGUGGGGGACUGUCUAGCUUUGGAAGGACAUUUGCAUAUGCAGAAUCGUCCUGCAAUCAGCUGUUUGCUCUGACGAUGGAGAGUUUCCCCAUCUUGCCUUCAUACCCUAAUCUAUUGCUAAGUUCUGAUAUCUCAAGGAAAGGGAUUCGAGCUGUCCAGCAACAAUAACUAUACUUUCUCCUAAGUUUGCUUCUCUUCUGUAAUGAGUAUGAGUUACUCGUGCGUAAACUGGUGCCUCUCUAGGCUAAUUUGCCUUGUUAAACCUUUCUGGCUGCACAGCCCUUUCUCAUCGUGGCUGCCUCAGUCGCUGGCAGAAUCCGUCAGUGGGCGUUUCUUGAACCUCUUCCAACAUAAAAGUUGUUUGACACCCAGUCUCCUCCUCCUCUCACUGCGCGGGAGUCUUCUGCGCAGGGAGGGCAUGGGUAGCGGAGGAGCGGUGCCCUCCCCACUGAGGUCCAGUGAAGAGUCCUGGAGCCCUCUCUCCGAUUCCCCCAUCUGCCCCCCUUUAUUCCUGGUUUUGCGCUGAUUUGCUUCCCCCUCUACUGAGCUGUUUCUCCCCCUGCUGCUUGGUCCUUCGCCAGCAUCAUCUAGGAGCCUCCCCUUCGCCUCUCGCUCCGAUGUCAGUUCCCUGACAUCUUCAUAUGAAUAUCUCAACAUUCCACCAUUCUUCUUGGCUUUACCUUUUCGGCAUGACUUUCUAUGCCAAAAUACCAGCAUGCUUUCUCAGCAGGCCAACUGUUUUGAAAAGGCAUGAGCCUUAAAAUGAGCAGAGAGUGUCACUUCACAACUCUUCACAGCAUGGACCCAUGAAAAAGAUGGGCAAAUUGCCAUGUGAAACGCCUGUGAUUUUCCAGGUUGUCGGGCUGCAAAUUGAUUUUUUUUCUAGACCCAAAUAACACGGAAAUGAGCAUGAAACCUACACUACAUUCCAUUCCUUUAGUUCUCCAGAACUGCCUUUCUACAUCUUGUGAAAGCUCAAAUAUAAUGUGCAAAAUUGCAGUGAGAAUGCAGCCUUUGUUGCCAAAGUGAACCUGCAAUACAUCAGGAAUUCUUCACCGUUACAUGUUUAUUAUUAUUAUUUCCUGUGGCCCUUCAGAUGAAGUUGGUGGAUUCCAUCUCCCAUCCAUCACAAGACAGCAUGGCUAAUGGUUAGAAAAGAUGGGAGCUGUAGUCCAGCAACUUCUGGAGAGACCCAGCCAUGUAGAAUGCAAUGGAUGUGUAGUUUGCUACAGCUUGCAGUUCUUCAGCUCAUUCUAGCGAUGGGCAAAUUUGUUCAUUCUGGUUUCCAGUUUUUCCAAUCUUAAAUCGGUUUCUAGAUUAGUUUGUCUUAGUCUGCCCAAAAAUCCAUAGGCAUUCCUGCCGGCAUUUCUCCUAAUAGAUGCAUUUAUAGAUUUUUGCAAACCAUUUCCCAUAACAUCACAAAUUUUGGGGUAUUGUUUUCAUGUGCGCACUUCUAGGUGCAUCUAUGUACACAUUCUUUGGUUGGAAAACUUCAUUGCAAAAUUCAGUAAAAUGUGGAUUUUUAAAGGAGAGCUGCAUUCCCCCCCCCCAAUGUAUUGGUUUGGGAAGUGCAAAUCUGGUAAGUUUGUAUUAAAAUAUGAACUGAACUAAUCUCUAUCCCAUCCCCAAGUCAUUCAUAUAUUUCCCUUCCUUUGUGUUGCUGAGGAGCAUGGUUGCACAUGGUUGUAAAGCAAGAUGAGCUCCGCAACCACAGAGUCGUCUGCGACUGGACUUAACUGUCAAUGGUCCUUUAUUAAAGGACCCCUGGAUGGUUAAGUCCAGUCAAAGGUGACUAUGGGUUUGCAGCACUCAUCUCGCUUUCAGGCCGAGGGAGCAGGCGUUUGUCCAUAGACAGCUUUCUGGGUCAUGUGGCCAGCAUGACUAAACCGCUUCUGGCACAACGGGACACCGUGAUGGAAACGGAAAUGCCGUUUACCUUCUAUUCACAGCAGUACUUAUUUAUCUACUUGCACUGGCAUACUUUCGAAUUGCUAGGUUGGCAGGAGCUGGGACAGAGCAACGGGAGCUCACCCUCUCGUGCUGAUUUGAACCACUGACCUUCUGAUCAGCAAGCCCAAGAGGCUCAGUGGUUUAGACCACAGCUCCACCUGCUCCCUUAACACUCAUCUAAUCAACAUACAACUGGCCCAUCCCUUUGUUACAUCUCAGUAAUUUAACCAAAUGCAGCCAGAGGAGACAAGACACCACUGAAUGCCAAAGUUCAUGGUGACAUCAGAGCAAAUCUGUCGCUGUUGCAAAAUACCCUUGCCCAGUGCGAUAGGCUGUGAUCCUUCUCAUCGUAUAUACAUAUAUUGAAGAACAUUAGUUCUUUGCACUGUUUUGCAGAAACACUUGGGUCGGAAAUGCCACAUAGCCUGUGUAUAUUUCCCUUGCAUUCUGCCAACCAUAAUUUUAUAAGACAUUAAUGUACACGAAACUUUUAUGUUAUGCUGCCCACUGUGCAACAUAUUUGCAGAGCUGACCUUUGCAUUUCUUCAAAGGAAAGAGUUUUUUGAUUGUACCAAAUAAAUAAUCACUGGAAA